UUGAUUCUGUUGAACAUUAGCUGCUAGUGAAAGGAGAAGAAGGAAAUUCCUCCAAGGAAUGUCUCUGGUGACUAAAACAACGCAGUUAGUAGUAUCCGGUAAACUUCGUCAAAACCGUCAUUUUGGACUAUUUAAGGUAGCUUUAAAGCAGACGUUUAAAGUUUGGAACUCAGGCAAUGCUUCAUCGCCAUAGGAAGCUAAAGUUAUCAACUUUACCCAUAGCACUAGUUAACGUUGAUGAGUUGAGUUGGCUUUAGGACGUUUGGGUCAUGCAAAAGUUGCUAAUCUGCAACAGAUCGUCCGUCAGGCAUAACGUUACCGUUACCAGCGAUGAGUCCGUCUUCGGAACCGGGUUCCUUCAUGCAGACCUCUGAUGAUGCAUACGAGAAAUUCAUUUUACGACACCUUCAGCACUACGGUCUGCUUACCGGUAGGGUUACCUCUCCUCCUCGGACCAAUAAUCCAUCCUAUGAUAGAUGGGCAGUUAGUCAAGACUAUCAGUCAUGCACCCAUUCACCUGACAGCCCGGACUCCAAUUCAGGGGAUGAACUAGAUACUGAGAAAACAUUCCACUUGCGUCUGCCCAAGCCUCUCAGGACUAGACAGCUGCUGAUUGAUUUUGAUGGGGGUCGCCCCAUUCCUCGUCUCCGAGAGCCCCGCGAUCUCUUUUCCAUUCCAUCCCUCUCCAGUUCAUUUCAGGGUGUGCGCUGGCCUGUUGAGUGUGAAGUCACUGUUGGAAACAUCUAUCACACAGAAUGGGAUCCACCACAGGCAGAGCCAUUCUACCAGUGCACUGGCCAUGAAAGGACACCAAUGACAGUAGGAGAGGAGAAAGGAAACCUAGUAUACCUAAUCGAUCCAGCUACAAAGACGGCUCACUUCACAUGCUCCCGUGUGGGAGGCAGCCGGGGCCCCAUAAAGGAUGUCCACUGUCCCAGCAGGCAGGAGCCGCCCCUGGCCUUUGAGUCCCGCUUUGAGAGCGCCAACCUUCAGAAAGCAGUGCAGGUAGGUGUCCAUGACUAUGAGCUCACACUUCGGCACGACCUCUACACUACUAAGCACACACAGUGGUUCUACUUUCGGGUGCAGAACAUGAAAGCUGGCAUUGCUUACCGUUUCACCGUCGUCAACCUGCUCAAGUCUAGUAGCCUGUAUUGUUCAGGCAUGCGUCCACUCCUGUACUCAGAGCAGUGUGCGAGGGAGUAUGGCCAAGGAUGGACCCGAACAGGGGCCAACAUUAAGUACUACCGCAACAAUAAGGAGCAGGAUGGCAGACCUCUGUACUCCCUAACCUGGACCUUUGAGUUCCCACAUGAGGGGGACACAUGCUAUUUAGCACACUGCUACCCUUAUACCUACUCAGACCUGCAGCGUUAUUUGUGUAGUGUGAUGCGCCAGCCAAGUAAAGCGGCCUACUGCAAGCUGCGGGUGUUGUGCCGUAGCCUGGCAGGAAACCCGGUCUAUGUACUGACCAUCACGGCUCCAGGCAGCAGCUCAGAUGAGAGGAAUGUGAAGCAGGCCGUUGUGGUGACGGCGAGGGUUCAUCCUGGGGAGACCAACAGCUCGUGGAUCAUGCAGGGCUUCCUCGACUUCCUCCUUAGUGACUCUCCUGAUGCCUGUUUGCUCCGAGAGAUGUUUGUCUUCAAGGUGGUGCCCAUGCUCAACCCUGACGGAGUGGUGGUGGGGAACUACCGCUGUUCAUUGGCUGGCCGUGACCUCAACCGGAACUAUCGCACACUGUUGCAAGAGUCCUUCCCCUGUGUUUGGCAUACUCGUAAUAUGGUGAAAAGGCUGCGGUCAGAAAGAGAAGUGGUUCUGUACUGUGACCUUCAUGGACACAGCAGGAAAAACAAUGUCUUCAUGUACGGCUGUGACAGUAGGAGCAGUACCUCAGCAAACCUCCAGGAAAGGGUCUUCCCUCUGAUGAUGAGCAAGAAUGCUCAUGACAAGUUCUCUUUCAGGAGUUGUAAGUUUAAAGUUCAGAAAAGCAAAGAAGGCACUGGGCGCAUUGUCAUGUGGAAGCUUGGAAUUAGAAACAGCUACACCAUGGAGUCAACCUUUGGGGGCUCCACACUUGGUAGUAGGACAGGUACACAUUUCACCACUCAAGACCUGAAGUCAAUAGGGUAUUACCUUUGUGACACGCUGCUGGACUACAGUGACCCAGAUACAUCCAAGACAAACCAGUGUCUAGCUGAGCUGAGUGCUUUGCUGAGGCUGGAGAUCAGAAGGAGGCUUGGUCAGGAUCUGGACUCCAGCUUAUCCCUGGGUGGUCUCUCAGUCUCUGACAUUGAAUCCAGCACCAGCGGCUCUAACAGUUCAGAGUCAGAUGGCCCUCCAGUUCACUUAGUGAAUACUCCAGACCAGCCACAGAAAAGGCACCUCCGAAGUCGUAAGGAAAGAGAUCGGCUGCAUCACAGUCUAGGACGGGAGACAAUAUCUAAGGCUGUCCAAAAAAACACAGAAUCUCAGGCUUGCAGUGUGCCUGUGAAAAAGGCUCAAGAUACUUUGGCCAUGGUGAAAGAGACAGAAAAAAGACAGCAGCAAUCAAAAGCUUGUCCACCACAGUGCACCAUUUGUGCUCACCAUGGUCUUCGCUUGAGAUGUACAGCACAACAGAGUGGAAGUGCAUGGACCCCUCACCAUGUCAAUCUAACUAACCACAGCAGCGGCCAGGAGGGUGAGACAACACACAACUUGUGCAGAGGUGGAGCAAAUCUUUGUGGGGGUGAGGCUGUGCCCUCUGUCCCACGUCGCCCAGUCAGUGUUGGUGCAGGACAGUCUGGUGUUAAGGACAGGCAGUUACUGCCAAUGCAUCUGUCAGCCAUGACGCUGUGCCCCCGAUUGAAAGGCCAACAAGAAAAGCCUCCACAGUAUACUCCCCCAGCACACAGGGUGGUCCCAGAGAGCAUGCCCACCAACUGGCUGGCAACCUGCAGGUCCGUUUGUUUCUACUUGGCCCGAUCCCAGCGCCAGAUACCUCCCUGCAAUAAACACAGGACUGUAGCCAAAGUGUCCAUCAGAUACUACUUACCUGAGUCAGGACCAGCCAUCAACUCCAUCAAUCAGAAGGGAAAAUGUGGGAUAGAUCAAGAAAAUGAUACUAUUGGUCUCUCCCAGUCUACGACUGUGAAGAAUGGUGACAAAGACUUGACCCAUGAAGCUGCCAGCAGUAAACCUAAAAUAUGCAAUACCACUUUCCUUCCUGAUUUGCACUGCAUGGACAUUCACGGUAAAAGUCAUGGUCAACCAUCAGGUGACCAGGCAGGAUUGGGUAUGAUUAAGCUGGACACAGGAAAAUUGACAGACCUGAGGGGAAGCAUCGGUCAGAACAUUCCAAGGGUUGUCCCAGGACCACCUGAGAGCAGGUUUACCUUAAGACCUCUGGCAGAUGACCAUAAAACAUGUGUGUUGACACAGGUGACUCUACAGGACUCUUCCCCUGACACAUCUGCAGAGUGUGGCAGACUGGAUCAACUGCAGAGCCAAAGACUGGCCAGAAACAGAGAACAGCCACUUGCCAAAGGACUGUUUGCAGCAGACAGACAAAGUUGUUAAGUGCUGAGUUGAGGAUCAAGUUCACCAGCAUUGUCUGUCUUCGGCGUACAUCUCAGUCUUAGCUGUAUUUUAGGUAAGGGUGGCAGAGAUGCAUGUGUGUUGGUAUUGCCUUUACCAAGACAUACAUCAUUAGAACAGGUAGAUUUGAUCUUAUUCUAAAAUCUGGGUAAAUACACAUUUGUAUAAUACACAGGACUUAUGUGUUGAGGUAUGCAGUAGAAAAAUUGACAACUUAUUUUUUUGUUAAUAAACACACAACCAAUGUUUUUUAGUUUCUCUGUUUAUCUAUAUUUUUUUCCUGUUGUAUUCAACAAGUGAAUUUAUUUUACAAUAUUAAAUAAAAAAAUAAAACCUGGCCACUCAGAUAUUUACAAGUGGAUAUGAAA